GAUCUCUUGCUGUGUGAGAGAAGACUCCAGGCCAAACGUGAAGGUUCCUGACAUCGUCUCCAAUGUGUGAAAUGCUGGGUCGUUGGGACCAGAGAAGUCCGCUCAAAGCAGCUCAGGUGGAGUGAUAGCAGUGAGACAACUUUGUGAAAGAUGGACUUUGAGUCUGAAUUUGAAGACCGAGGGACAAGCAUGCCCCCAACUCAGUCACCUUCGGGGGGCAGUAACACGCUGGGCACUGUGGACAUCGUGGUGCUGGUGGUUUACUUCCUGCUGGUGCUGGCUGUUGGUUUCUGGUCUAUGUGCAGAACGAAGCGCAGCACCGUGGAUGGAUACUUCUUGGCUGGCAAAAGUAUGAGCUGGUGGCCAGUGGGGGCUUCACUGUUCGCCAGUAACAUCGGCAGUGGACAUUUCAUUGGUCUGGCGGGGUCAGGAGCCGCAGCAGGAAUCGGUGCAAUCGCAUAUGAAUGGAACGGAAUGGUGAUGGUUCUGCUGCUGGGAUGGCUCUUCUUGCCCAUUUAUAUUGCAUCUGGGGUGACGACCAUGCCAGAAUAUCUGCAGAGGCGCUUCGGUGGACGGAGAACGCAGUUAACUAUUGCCGUCUUGUCAUUAUUUAUUUACAUCUUCACAAAAAUAUCGGUGGACAUGUAUGCGGGUGCAGUGUUCAUUCAGCUCGCUCUAAGAUGGAAUAUCUACCUGGCUAUUGUGCUGCUGCUGACAAUCACCGCCCUCUACACUGUAGCAGGUGGUCUGGCUGCAGUCAUCUACACCGAUGCAGUUCAGACCGCUAUCAUGCUGGCAGGAGCUCUCACCCUCAUGGGCUACAGCUUUGUGGAGGUUGGAGGCUGGAACGGUCUGAUGGAGGGAUACCCCGAUGCCACUCCCUCCAUCCGUGUGCCUAACUCCACCUGUGGUGUCCCUCGAGAGGAUGCCUUCCACAUAUUCAGAGACCCGCUGAACUCUGACCUGCCUUGGCCGGGCGUUAUAAUCGGCAUGUCCAUCCCGUCCAUGUGGUACUGGUGCUCAGAUCAGGUGAUUGUGCAGCGCUCUCUGUCUGCCAAGACCCUGAGCCAUGCAAAAGGUGGCUCCCUGCUGGCUGCGUACCUGAAGAUUCUGCCGUUCUUCGCCAUCAUGCUCCCCGGCAUGAUCAGCAGGAUUCUCUUCACAGAUGAAGUAGCAUGUGCAGACCCUGACGUGUGCAGUCACAUUUGUGGGAACUCAGUGGGUUGUUCGGAUAUAGCCUAUGCCAAACUGGUCAUGGAGCUGCUGCCUGCAGGACUGCGGGGUCUAAUGAUGGCUGUGAUGAUUGCUGCACUCAUGUCAUCUCUAACCUCCAUCUUCAACAGUUCCAGCACCAUUUUCACCAUGGAUUUGUGGAAGAGUUUCAGAUCCCAUGCUUCUGAAUGGGAGCUCAUGAUUGUUGGCAGGGUGUUUGUGCUUGUGCUGGUGGUGGUGUCUGUUCUGUGGAUUCCUGUUGUCCAGGCCAGUCAGGGUGGCCAGCUCUUCAUCUACAUCCAGUCCAUCAGCACCUACCUGCAGCCACCCGUCUCCAUCAUCUUCCUGUUGGGAUGUUUCUGGAAAAGGGCUAAUGAGAAGGGUGCAUUCUGGGCCUUAGUUUUAGGCCUCACCGUGGGCUGCAUACGCAUGCUGCUGGACUUCAUCUACCCCACUCCACCGUGCUACGAAGAGGACAACAGGCCUGGGGUGCUGAAGUACGUCCACUACCUCUACUUCUCCACGCUGCUGUCUUUCAUCACCCUGGUUAUAGCGGUCGUGGUCAGCCUGGCUACUGAGAAGCCCAGCCCUGAGCAGAUAAGUCGUCUCACAUGGUUCACAAGGUUUGACCCCGUAAAGCCAAAAGAACAGGCGUCCUCAGGGGAGCAAAGUGUCACAAACUUGGAGGUGAUCACGUCUGAAAAUAACAAGGUGAACGUCGAAGGAAGAGAAGCAACAAGCAACAAUGGACAAACACGUCAUCAUGACUCUGCGUCAUCUGUCUCAAGCAGCCGCAGUCAGUCCAGGUUUAUGUCCAUGUUCUUCUGGCUGUGUGGGCUGGAGAGACGGAGGGAGGGAGAGGAUAAUCCUCCAGCUCCUCCUGCAUCUGAGCAGAACUUCUACUCACUGGAGGAAAAGCCACGUCUGCGAAUCAUCACAAACGUUAACCUCAUCAUCAGCAUGGCCGUGACCGCUUUUAUCAUCGGCUUCUGGGCUUGACUUUGGCUUCUUGGCGCCGGCAAUCCAGCAUACGAGCUUUGAAAAAGACUAUACAGACUUGAAUACUAUUCAUUCUUGUUUAUAUCUUACAACUGAAAUGAGACAUUAUGUCCAUCCGGUUGUGUUUAUUGGUUUUUUUUCUUUUGCGUACAUACAUGAAAGCUGCACCUACAGUGAAGGACUUUAACAUGACUUUAACAAAAUGAGUACUAAUAGUUGUCUCUUUAUUAACAUUCCUUUUUAAUGUUACAGCUCAAAAAAUGACAACUAAGGUUAAAAUGUUCUGAUGCUCAGAUUUUCCUUUUCUUUUAAUAAGAAUGAUGUGUCUAAAUUGUAACUGGUUUGAAAAAUUAAAAAUAAUGACAUACUGUUGAAUAGUCAGUCAUUAUUAGGA